CAGAGCUUACAAGGUCAGUGUUUCCCCGACAGAGGAGGACAUAUUUAGUCGUUACACAAUAGGGUUCUCAUGGAUGAUCAGUCGCAACAAAUCUUAAAGUAUUUGACAGAAGUGGAAGAAGCGGCAGAAGAUGUUCUUGCUGAUAAACAUCAGAUAGUAGAUCUUGAUGUUAAGCGAAACGGGAACAGAGAGGCGCUCAACGCGCUACGGAAUGAAGGCGAGACAGACAGCGGAAAAGUUAAAGUCUGCUUUGGGAACAUGUUUAUAAAACUACCAAAAAAGACAACAAGAGAGAUGAUCCAAAAAGACCAGGAGCAGCUGGAAAAAGGAAUAAGUGACACCCGUAAACGACUAAAAGCAAAAGUAAACCAUCUCAAUGAGCUACAAGGAAAGCCUGACCUGACAGGAUACAGCCUCUCUCCCCUAAGCAAAGACGAGAUGAAAGCGAUCAAGCAGAUACUAACGAGAUGAGCCAUGUGCCACAGAGUUCUCAGUUGUGCCAUAAUUCAUACUUUGAGAAGGUAUAUUGGGACUUUUGGGGCAGCUGAAAACCCCUCACCCCUGUGUUAGCCCUCAUGGAACGCCCAUGACAUUUUGUGAGGAUGUCGGACCAUCCUGUGCCUCCUGGAAUGCUUUUUCCGUUUGUUUCUGUGUGCUUUAGUAAAAUGAAUAAAGCUGUGAAUAUGAA